UGGCUGCGGUGGUCGGGGGGAGGGGCUGAGGGCGGGUCCUCCACACUGUCCCGUCUCCUCCGCCCGAUGGAGCCGCUCCCGGUGACCGCUCUGCUGCUGCUGCUCCUCGGCGUCCGCGGCUCCUCCGCCCGGACAGAGCUGCAAGUGGUGGACCUCAUGGCGGUCAGCGAGUCUCGUCACAUGAGCAGCACGCUGGAGAAGAUCCGCUCGGAGAUGCUGGCGGUGAACGACGUCUAUUUUCUGGCCGCGCUCCGUCUUCCCUCUAAGGCCGGCGGCGUCCUGUUUGGAUUCUACUCCAAGAAAGAUAACACUAAGUGGCUGGAGGCGUCCAUAGUGGGGAAGGUCAACAGAGUGCUGGUGCGCUACAUGCGGGAGGACUCCAAGGUGCACUCGGUGAGCCUACAGAACGCCAACCUGUCUGACGGGAACCCCCACACCCUGAUCCUGCGACUGAGCGGCCUGCGGGGCGACACCCUGACCCUGGAGCUCUACGUGGACUGUAAGCAGGUGGACACCAGUCUGGGGCUCCCCGAAAUGAUGGUCAUCCCACAGUUUGAGGUGGAAUCUGGAGAGAUCCGCUCCGGGCACAAGGCUUACCAGAGGAUGCAGGGUUCGGUUGAGUCCAUGAAGUUGGUUCUUGGGGGGUCCUUGAGCAGAGUAGGGGCCCUGAGUGAGUGUCCCUUCCAGGAUGACGAGUCGAUCCAGAACACAGUGAACGGCGUGGUGACCUCCAUCCUGGGGGAGCACACCAAGGCGCUAAUCACACAGAUGACGCUCUUCAAUAAGGUCCUGGCUGAGCUGAGGGAGGACAUACGGGACCAGGUGAAGGAGAUGUCUCUCAUCCGGAAUACAAUCAUGGAGUGUCAGGUGUGUGGGUUCCACGAGCACCGCUCUCGCUGUAACCCCAACCCCUGUUUCCAGGGUGUGGACUGUAUGGAGACUUAUGAGUACCCCGGAUAUCGCUGUGGCCCCUGCCCCCCGGGAUCUCAUGGUAAUGGCACUCACUGUGCAGACAUAGAUGAGUGCUCUCACACCAAUCCUUGUUUCACUGGCUCCAAAUGCAUCAACACCUCCCCGGGCUUCCGCUGUGAGGCGUGUCCUCGUGGGUACAAGGGCAACACUGUGUCUGGGGUGGGCACCGACUAUGCCAAAGCCAGCAAACAGGUUUGCACAGACCUUGAUGAAUGCAAUGAUGGGAAUAAUGGAGGCUGUGCGGCAAAUUCCAUCUGUACCAAUACUGUGGGCUCCUACAAGUGUGGCCCCUGCAAACCAGGAUUUGUAGGGAACCAGUCUGUGGGAUGUGCACCAAAGAAAUCGUGUGGGGGCGCCACCUUCAACCCCUGCCAUGUGAACGCGCACUGUGUUUUCGAGAGGAACGGGGACGUCACGUGUGCAUGUAAUGUCGGUUGGGCUGGAAAUGGAUACACGUGUGGCAGAGACACGGACAUCGAUGGCUACCCCGACGAGCCAAUGCCCUGCAUCGAUAACAACAAGCACUGCCGGCAGGAUAACUGCAGACUGACCCCCAACUCUGGGCAGGAGGACGCUGAUAAUGACGGGAUCGGGGACCAGUGUGACGAAGACGCUGAUGGUGAUGGCAUUAAGAAUGUAGAGGAUAACUGCAGGCUCGUCCCCAACAAAGACCAGCAGAACUCUGACACUGACUCCUAUGGUGACGCCUGUGACAACUGCCCCAACGUCCCCAACAAUGACCAGAAGGACACAGACGCCAACGGAGAGGGAGACGCCUGUGACAAUGACAUUGAUGGUGACGGCAUCCCCAAUAUGAUAGAUAACUGCGCCAAAGUUCCAAACCCUCUGCAGACGGACAGAGACCUCGAUGGUGUGGGAGACGCCUGUGACAGCUGCCCCGAGACCAGCAACCCCACCCAGUCAGACGCGGACAGUGAUCUUGUGGGUGACAUGUGUGACACCAAUCAGGACAGGGACGGUGACGGUCACCAGGACAGCAAGGACAAUUGUCCCGACAUUCCCAACAGUUCCCAGUUGGAUUCUGACAACGAUGGGAUUGGAGAUGAGUGCGACCAGGAUGACGACAACGAUGGGAUUCCCGACUACCUUCCCCCAGGUCCUGACAACUGCCGCCUCAUCCACAAUCCCAACCAGAAGGACACGGACGGGGACGGCAUCGGAGACGUGUGCGAGAUCGACUUUGAUAACGACUCGGUGGCCGACUCCUACGAUGUCUGCCCCGAGAGCGCGGAGGUGACCUUCACCGACUUCAGGGCCUUUCAGACCGUCGUCCUGGACCCCGAGGGAGACGCACAGAUCGAUCCCAACUGGGUGGUGCUAAACCAGGGGAUGGAGAUCGUGCAGACCAUGAACAGUGAUCCCGGCCUGGCUGUAGGGUACACCGCAUUCAAUGGUGUGGACUUUGAGGGGACUUUCCACGUGAACACCAUCACGGAUGACGACUACGCCGGCUUCAUUUUCAGCUACCAGGACAGCGCCAGCUUCUACGUUGUCAUGUGGAAGCAGACGGAGCAGACGUACUGGCAGGCCACGCCGUUCAGAUCCGUGGCAGAGCCGGGCCUGCAGCUGAAGGCCGUGAAGUCAAAGACCGGACCAGGAGAAUAUAUGCGGAACGCUUUGUGGCACACGGGACACACCCCGGACCAUGUGCACCUCCUGUGGAAGGACCCACGCAACGUGGGCUGGAAGGACAAGACGUCAUAUCGCUGGCAGCUCAUGCACCGGCCCCAGGUGGGCUAUAUCAGGGUGAAGCUGUAUGAGGGCGUGGACCUGGUAGCUGAUUCCGGGGUGAUCAUAGACACCACCAUGAGAGGAGGGCGACUGGGGGUCUUCUGUUUCUCCCAAGAAAACAUCAUCUGGUCCAACCUACAGUAUCGAUGUAAUGACACCAUUCCUGAGGACUUUGAGCCGUACAGACGGAUUCUGUUGGAAGGGCGGGAAUGAUCCACGGCCCCGCACACUUGUCUUUCCACCCUCCCACGCCAGAGUCUGGGGUCAGAACGCCCGAGGAGCUCACUACAUUCCAUGUCAGGACACAGGGGGCGCCCUAAACCCCACAUGGGGAAGAGGACCUUAGGGUGCAUUUUUAUUGCUGGUUGUCAGCGCAAGCUCCACGGGAGGAGCCGUUCUGUGGACACGAGACCUCUCCCGCUCCGUGUCCCACACCUGCUCAUAAAGUUUGGGAGGUUUUUUUA